ACCACUUCCCGUGUAUAAUUUAUUUUGAACAAAGCCUGGCAUACAAUAUGCAAUUAUCGUACCGUCACACGUUUUCGAUCGACACGCGUUUUUGAUCGCUCAUUUGUAAUUGCAAUAGUGCGAGAAUGCGCGAGCAUUGACGUCACCACAAGAACGAAAACUAACACGGGAGUCACUUUUUGUUCCGAGAGAAAAAUGCUGCGUGUCAAGUUUCCAAUGGCCUUAAUAUAAUACGGAAGUCGGUUGGUGGCAGUUAGCACACACAUAACAUUGUCCAUCUUCAAGUCUUCAAUGCCACUGACAUUGAACAACACCAAAAGAAGAUCAAGGAAAGACUUGAGGAAAAAAGAAAAGCACAAAACAUUGGUUUAUGAUUGCAUCUGGAAUUUUUGAUGAUAAAGUUUCUGAAUGGGAAGGAAGCUUGCAACUGUUCAGGAAUGAAGGCACCUCAGUAAAAGAACCAACACUUCAAAGUCUGCUGGAUCUAACAAGUGAUAGUUUAACAUGGGAUAAGCAGUGCACAGUCCUUUCAGCUCUACCAAAUUUUCAUCACUGGAUUGAAACUCAUGUGGGUUACAGUCGCAUGCUUUCACUGGGUGUACAAAAAUACAAGCCAGCAUCUGCAAGAAAUCUUAUUCUCUAUUACUACCGAGAAGUGAAAUCAGAAGCCAUGCUUGCAGUCAUGAGGAAAUUGUACUUUCCAGAUACACCUGUAGAGGUAUCAUCAACUGCAUGCCAGGAUUCUGGUACUUCAGAUAUUGGCCACACUCCAGCAAAGAGAAGGAGGCUCAACACAACCAGUGCCAGAAGAUCACUGACAGCUGAUGAUAUUUUGAGAAACCUGAGUGUCAUUGACCCAAAGUAUAACACAACAAACCGGAUAUCCAACAUAUGAGCCUAUGAAACUUUUGAAACGGCAUUGAUAGAAGUUGGUGUUUUGGCUUGGAGAAUUCAUCAGGCUGAUUUAGAUGUCUUAGUCAUGAAUGACGUCAGCAUGACUAAUGGCCAAUUUUCCAGUCAAAAGUUUGCUCACAUGUCCAGGAGUAAGCAUGGCGACUUAUUUGAAUAUCAGUGCACAUGUGAUUUAUAUGGAACACUGCUACAAAUUGCAGCAGUUGAUAUUCCAUAUGAGGAUGUCGAGAAUGCCUAUCACUUGGAUAUCCGCUGCUGCCAUAUCAGGUUCUUUCUGGAGAAUAUUGAAGAUGUAUCAAGUACUUUAUUUGAUGAUAACUUUUCAUUUCAUGAACCAACCAAACUUCAGGCCAAGUUACUUGAAGCAGUUAGAAGUGAAAACUUAAAAGAUGCUGUCUGCAUAUCUUUGUUGGAUAACAAUAGGAAAUUCUCUGUCAUCUCUGAUGAUCACACAUCUUGCAGCUUUGUCCACUAUACUGAUGGGAAAUUUGUUUGUCAAUCUGGAGCUUGUGAUGCUGGAUACGGAAGUGCCAGACGACAAGAUCGAUAUCUUCAUAAAGAUGAUAACUUGUGUUGCCAUCUCAAAAUACUCAGAGAAAACUCUCAUCUUUGGCUGUCAUCUGAGGCUGAAGAGGUCAACAUGUUUGAAGAUGAAGAGGAUGACAAUGACUUGGAGAAUGAGGAAAUUGCACCAGAAGUGCCUGCUUCAGAUCCAUAUAUAGAGGACCUGAUACCAAAUCCAGUGGCAUGUGACCAGACAUCUGCUGAACAUAAGAAACAUUUCUUUGAUGAGGAAUCUGGUUUGUGGCAGUUUGAGUCUCUGAGCAACCACCAACCACUGGAAGAAGGUGAUCCUGUACUACAAGCAGCCAUGAGACAUCGACUUUCUUUGCUUGAUGGCUUGAAUGGUGCGCAGAGAGAUUUUGAGGGCAAUCUGUGGAGAGACCGAUCGGGGCCAUUUUCCUUGUAUCCUCCUGCUAUCUAUGGACCAUGUCUUUGUGGGGCUGGUUAUUACAAUGCAUAUACAAUGCCUGUGGGUAUUCUGUCUGAUGUCAAAUACCAGACCAUUGUUUAUACAACAAAUGGUCCUUGUCGGUUCGAGGUAAAAUUUCGUGAAUGUUUGCAGAGAAACCAUGAUUGCCUCAUGCCAUAUGAUGGAUCAAGUCACUGCCUGCACUUCCUCAGUAGGAACACAGCUGCUGGGGAUGAAAUUGGUUGGGAUUUUGUGGAUAGAGUGUUAAACACUAACAUAACUUUUUCAGCCUAUUGUACACUGAUGACUAAUCAGUAUCAGCGCCUGUAUUCUUUAUCUGCUAAAUUUAUGUCUCCACAAACGUUUAUUGCUUGGUGCUUCUCAUGGGCUUCUAAUUUCAAAGUAGAUUUCAGGGUGGUCUGUGAUAUCUGCAAAUAUGAACCUAAAUACCUUGCUUGUGAUGGAACAAAAAUAGGAAUUAAUUUCCGACAUGCUUCAGUUACCCCUAUUGAGAUUCCUUCCACAGAUGUUAAGGUUGAUCCCUGUCAUAGGAGAAAUGAGAGAGCUUUUAUUCAUUAUAAGCAAGGAGAUUUAGACAUUGCUGCAAACAUUAAAUGCAGGGAACAUUUGCUUUAUUUGUCCAAAUAUCACAGGGGUUUACUAAAGGAUGAUCAGAAGCUGCCAUGGAAUGACCAAACGGAUAGAACAAACCUACUUGUUGAGACUGUGGAUAGGGAUUGCAGGGAGAUUGUAAAGCGAUUUUCUCUAGGAGAAUAUUCAAACUUGCUUCAGUUCAAAUUGGCCAUUGUCUUUGCAGUCUUAUCCAGCAAUUCCUCUCUCACCAGCCUCAUUCCUUAUCGUUAUCUCACUCUGACAGCAUUUAUUAUAACAUCUCUGAGAAAUGCUGUCGAUUCAGAUUGUGAUUUUGUUAAUGAUCUUGGACAAUUUUCUCCAGAACUUCGAGAUAUUGUACAUUUUGCUUUAGAUAAUAGAGAAUCACUUCUCGAAGUUCUGGAUUUUAUUGAAUAUUUGGUUUUAAGAGUAAAAGACAUUCAUGGAAAAAAUAAGGCACCAGAUUUUGCUGUUCCUCAACCUGGAACUUGCAAUCCAGAAAAAUAUGGCAGGGCAUAUUAUUUUAAUCCAACAGGUGAGCAACUCGGGCACCUUCCCAAAUACAGUAUGAAUGAACAUGCUACCUCAAAAAACUAUGAUGAUCAGCCUGCUAGAGAGGAAGAAAAGUGUAACAAACUUUUUCCUCAGGUCUCGAGGAAGGGCACAACAUACUUAUUUUUAUGGUUUGAUCCCAAGCAUUAUGGACAUUGCUAUGGAUAUCACAUGAUUCCAGGAUCUGAAGGCAGGAAAGAUCCUUUUACAUCUGCAUAUUUGUAUUUGGAGAAGGCACCUGAGGAACUUUUCUAUGACUUCAGUUGCCAGCUUGAGGAAUAUUGUUUGAACAGAGAACCUGGUUAUUGGCAAAACACCAGAUUUUGGCAUGAUGUGUUUCAUGGGUUUAGCCACAAGUGUCCAGUUACAUACAAGUCAAGACGCAUUUUGUCACUUAGAAAAAUGAACACAGAAAUAUGUGAACAAUUCAAUUCCUUUAUCCAACGAAUCAAAUAUUCUGCUAGAGCCAUGUCAAUGGGUAAAUUUAACCACUAUUUGCAGUUCAUGAUACACCAAUGGUGCAUUAAGAAAAAAGCAAGUUUCCAAAAGAGAUGCAAUGUUGCUGCAACCUAUUUAUUAUAGUGUUUAAGAUUUCUCAUGCACUGUCAGUUUUGUUCUGUAAAUAACUUCUACAAUGUACUGAGUCAAAUUGCAUUUUGUCACUUGGGAAAAAUGGACAGAAAUAUAUAUGAGCAAUUCAUUUUGUGUAUCCAUUGAAUGAAAUAUUCUGCCAUAACCUUGUUGAUAUGUAAAUUUAACUACUUUUUGUGGCUCGUGAUUCACCAAUGGUUUAUUAACAAAAAAGCAAGUUUCGAAAGCAGGUGCAGUGUUGUUUUAGCAUACUUACCACUGAAAAAUAUUUUUUAUAUACUCUUCUGUUUUGUUCUGUAAAUAACUUUUCUACAGUGUACUGAUAAAAAAAGGACAUUGGUUUUGUUACCUCACUGAGCAAUCAGAUUUUGUCUUAAACAGUCUUCAUUUCUUCAACAUAUUGAAUUUAAGCUGUUGUUGAUAAGUAAAUAAAUUAAAUUUUUACAAUUUGAAUUUGUAAAAAAAAAAUUCCUUUUAAUAUUUAAAAUCCCUGUAAUUCUUUCUCCUAAAAGUGCAGUUGUGUCUGUAUUUUGCAUUACUAAUCAGUGUUACAGUGUUGUUACUGGUGACUGCAGCCUUCAGGUUCUUUAGAUCACUGUACUCUACACUACAUAUGUCAUGACUUUUGUAUUCAGACUGAUAUGUUGUUUGUAUUGGUAAUGUUCUCUAGAUUAAUGUAUGCUACAUUACAUAUGACAUGACUAUGUACCCAGGCUGAUGCCACUUUCUGUAUGGUGAUACCACUUUCUGUAUAAUUAAUGUUGUCUAGAUUACUCAGUGUUACACUACAUAUGACAUGAUUUUCUAAACAGACUGAUAUAUUGUCUGGAUUUUUAAUGUUCUCUAGAGUAAUAUAUGCUUCACUACAUGACAUCAUUUUAUAACCAGAAUGAUACAGUGGUCUGAAUUUUUUAUGUUCUCUAGAUUAAUGUAUUCUACACUAGAUAUGACAUAAUAUUUUAUAUGCAGACUGAUAAAGUCUAGAUUUGUGUGUUCUCUAGAUCAGUGUAUGCUACACUACAUAUGACUUGAUUUUGUGACCAGACUGAUAUCACUUUCUAUAUAUUUAACAUUUUCUAGAUUAUAGUACGCUAUACUACAUGAUAUGUGUUUGUAUCCAGACUGAUACUGCUGUCUGUAUAUUUAGUGUUCUCUCAUUUAAUAUAUGCUUCACUACGCAAGACAUGAGUUUGUGUCCAGAUUUAUACUGCUGUUUAGAUUUUUAAUUUUUUCUAGACUUAUGUGUGCUACACUACAUAUGACAUGAUUUUUUAUCCAGACUGAUAUAUUUUCUGUAUUUUCAAUGUUCUGUAAAUCAAUGUCUGCAUAUUACAUGAUUUUGUAAUGAGACUGACACCACAGUGUCUCGACUGUCAGUGUUAUCUAGAUAAUGUUAUCAAGAUUACUCUAUGCUUCACUAAUAAUGCCACAAUAAUACCCGUUAUAACUGCUAUUACUAUUAAUAACAUACUAUUAGUACUGCUAUAUUUAUUCUGUCUACUAAUGGUAACACAAAUAUUUUACUAUUAUGUUAACACUAGUAAUACAAACAUCAAUGAUACUAACACUACUAAUAUUUUACUAACACUACUAAUAUUUUACUAACACUACUAAUACUAACACUA